AUGCUCUGCAGCCAGGGCUAUCUUUGCUUUCUCCUUCUUUGUGAACUAAGGGUCAGAACCUUCCCCCGAGUUGGGCGGGAGGCUCCUCCCGCUAGGACUCCAGACGAGUCAGACCCCGCCGGGUCUGCAGGCCCAAGGGAGGUGGGCUUAGGCAAGCCCGGCUUAGGCCACACUAGGAGGAGGGACCUGCUUCCAGCAAGGACCUACAUCUCCAAGAGCCCCCAGCAUUCGGAAAUCCCUCUUAGGCAGAGGGAGGGUCCCGGGCAAACGGGCGACAUCGGGGAAAGAACAAGCCACUAUGGUCUCCAGUAUGAGGCUUACUCCCUAAAUCACUCACAAGAGGCCCAGCGCACUUACUGUGGGCAGGACCCAGCUGCUUCUCCUCACUGUCCUGGGUCCCACCCAGCUCCAGAUCCUAGUGCCACCGCAACCCUGCUGAACUUGCAGACUUCCUUCCUGCUACACUCUUGUGACCAACCUCAGAAUGCCCCUUUUGGGGAGCGGAUGCUGCAUGGAGGCGCGAAGGGGCGGAGCCGAGCCCGGAAGGUGGCGUCGGUGUCCGGGAGCCGCCGGGUGCGCGGGCCGCCCUUACUGGGCCGCGUCGCGGUGGUGGUGGACCAGGGUUCGGGCUUCACCAAGGCGGGCUUUGCGGGCGAGAAGCAGCCGCGCAUCGUGCUGAAGAGCUCCAGUCUGGUGCCCAGCUGGGACCGGCCCGUGCUGCCCGGCGCGCCGGGCUGUGAGCUGGCAGGCGGCGUGGCGCGGGCGCACCCCAUCAAGCACGGUGUGGUGGUGGACUGGGAGGCGCUGGAGGGGCUGUGGGAGCGCCUGCUGGUGGGCGGCCUGAGGGUGUGCCCCGAGCAGUGGCCCGUGCUGGUGAGCGACUCGCCGUCGGCGCCGCCCGCCGACCGCGAGAGGGUGGCCGAGCUGCUGUUCGAGGCCCUGGCAGUGCCCGCGUGCCACAUGGCCAGCACCGCGAUGCUUGCGCUCUGCUCCGCCGGCGCGCUCAGCGGGUUGGCCGUGGAGGCGGGCGCCGGCGUGUGCCAUGCCACGCCUAUCUACGCGGGCCACUCGUGGCACAAGGCCACCUUCCGGCAGGACGUGGCAGGCACCACCCUGUCGCGCUACCUGCGGGACCUGCUGGUGGCAGCGUGCCCCGACCUCGGGCAGCGGGCCCUGCCCCGCAAGGACAUCACACAGCUCAAGAAGCGGUGCUGCUAUGUGUCGCUGGACUUUGAGGGCGAUCUCUGUGACCCUGCCCGCCACCAUCCGGCCAGUUUUUGCAUGGGCAAUGGGUGCUCCGUCUGCCUCAGCAGCGAGCGCUUCCGCUGCCCCGAACCUAUCUUCCAGCCGGGUCUGCUAGGCCAGGCUGAACCAGGCCUGCCCACACUGGCCUUCCGGGCACUGCAGAAGAUGCCUACGACACUGCGGACACGGCUGGCCAACGCCGUGGUGCUGGCAGGUGGCUCCACGCUUUUCCCUGGCUUCGUUGAGCGGCUGGACAUGGAGCUCGAGGCGCAGUGCCGGCGGCACGGCUACAUGGCCCUACGGCCCCGCCUGGUGGCCAAGCCUGGGCGCGGCUGCGCUGUGUGGACAGGCGGCUCCAUGGUGGCUUCCUUGCGCUCCUUCCAAUGUCACUGGAUGACCCGGGCCAUGUACCAGGAAUGUGGCUCCAGGCUAGUGCACGACGUGUUCAACUGA